CGUACCGGACCGGUCGGUCGGACCGGAAAAACUGAAAACCGGACCUGGCCCGGCACAACAUGGCCUGUGUAUCAUCCAAGAGGCUGCCGGCCGGUUUUUACGGUUGGACCGCAACCGGGUGAAAUUUCGGCCGAUUUUAUUAAAACCGGCGGUCCCUUUAAUUAGCUGAAACGGCGCCGUUUUGACCAAGUAAAAAAAAAAGGAAGAGAAGCAGCGAAAGUCGAAACCCUACUCUCCUCUCCACACUCUCCUCUCGUCUCCCCCGCGCCGCUCUGCCUUUCCAUCCAAAUUCCUUUCCAUCCUCUCGUCUCCCCCCGCGCCGCUCUGCCUUUCUCACCACCGACGACGGCGCCUCGUCCUCCCCAGCAACGGCGCCUCGUCCUCCCCGGCAUCGGCGACUCGUCCUCCCCGGCAACAUGGGAUGGGCAAUCGCUCUAACCCAACCCACCCGAAGACGGAGGAACAGAAGCAGCCGGCGUGGAGAACAUGGGAUGGGCAAUCGCUCUUCAUGGCGGCGCCGGCGACAUUCCACGCUCACUUUCCCCUGACCGCCGCCUCCCUCGCGAGGCCGCUCUCCGCCACUGCCUCCAACUCGGCGUCUCCGCUCUCCAAUCCCACGCCCACCCUCUCGACGUCGUCGAACUCGUGGUACGCCCGCCCAAAUCACUUCCCGGAUAUCCUCUGGCCAUCGGAAAUUGAAUCCAGUAGUAAUUGGCUUGAAUGGGCGGAUUUAUAUAAAAUUAGAAUCUUGUAUCAUCGGAUGUUAGAGGUUGCUAGUGGCUCCAUGGCUGUUACUUUGCAGGUUCGCGAAUUAGAGAACCACCCGCAGUUCAAUGCUGGAAAGGGAUCGGUGUUGACCACUGACGGGACAGUUGAGAUGGAAGCCUGCAUCAUGGACGGCAAAACUAUGAGGUGCGGAGCUGUCUCUGGGCUAACCACUCUUGUCAACGCCGUAUCGGUGGCGAGGCUAGUCAUGGACAAGACUCCUCACAUUUAUCUUGGGUUCCAAGGUGCUGAAGCUUUCGCUAGGGAACAUGUUAGUCCUUCCAACUUUGCUGCUAAUUCACAAUCUUCACUCCAUUGACAUUCUUUGUAUGCAACACUCAGUCUUGAUUUCAUCCAUGUUGUUUUCGGGGUUUUUUUGCUGCAAAAGCUGCCUGCUGUUAGUUCAGUUGGUUUCACCCGUGAUUGAGGGGGUUAUUGAAUCAUCCAGGGACUAGAGACUGUGGAUCCAAGUCAUUUCAUUAAUAAGAGGUGGGAUAAACAUUUGAGCCGUGAUUUGUUUGUGGCAUCAUACUUCCUUAAUCCGGCUUUCAAGUAUGCCAACAUUAAGUUUGUGGUUUUUGUACUAGUUUCUAAAAAUGUAUUUGGAUGAUUAUGAGGUUUAUUAGGUAUUGAAAUCUCGAUUGAAAUCUCGCACUUUGUUGAAUGUUACCUAAGCUUAUUUACUUUUUUACAGUUUUUUAGGCGGUAUAAUCCGGUUUUAUUCCGGUAUUUUCCCGGUAUGGUACCUUAAUUUUGUCGGUACGGUUUUUUAACAAAAAAAUAAUUUUUUUAUUCCAAAAACGGUAUUUGCCGGUAGGAAACGGUUGAACCAUGGUUGUACCACGAUUUACCAUGCCAAAAACGAUUCCGGUUUGAUGUCCGGUACGGUUUCGUAAUCCAUGCUUCACACUCCUGGUGGAUCUCGGUUCUUCUUCUCCCCUGCCGACUUUCCCUGAAAAAUCAAAACCUCACUCGAAUUGUGACCUCCGAGGCCAGAGAUGAAGGAACCCUAUCCAUGGCGAAUCAACUAUCGAAGGCGUCGAACAAUUGGAGUGGUUUGUCUCCUUCACCAAUCUCGCUGGCGGAAUAGCCAUUCUUGCCUCCUACGCCGGGCUUCUCAUGACGUUGGGCAUCACCAUGGUGUCAAUCGUCAAGCUCCUGAAGCCGAAGCCACCACAGCCCCAACCUCUCGCCUCUCAGAUUGAACUCCCAUGAUGAAGGAGCAGAGUCUUGUGCCGCCGCCGGGGACUAUGUACAGAAAAAUCAAGCAGCCGAGAAUCCAUCACAAAUGGCGGAGCCACCUCGAGAAGAACAAGUGAGAAACGAACAAAACCCCAAAAUUGAAGCUAAAACACCCCAACUUCAAAACGAGAGGAAAACCCUUUCACGAGAGACGGAAGCGACAGUACAAUAGAGAGCUAGAUAGCAGGGUGGGGAGUAAGGGUUUGAGGGCGAUUGAGUUUCUUUGCAACAAUUGUGUGUUAAUGUUCUACCUACCCCGCAGAUUGAGUUUCUUUUAAGUGUGUGUACAACAAAAGUAUAAACCUUCCAUUAGCCCCAUUUUUUUUUUUUUUGGUUGCUCCAUCUUGCUACGAGAGUAUUGUUGUUGGCAGUGUAAACAAGGCUUCAAUACAUUGUUUUUUUUGGU